AUCUAUCUACUGAUGUGGCAUCUUAAUGUGACCUCAGUGCAUCUAUCUACAGAUGUGGCAUCUUAAUGUGACUCCUUUGGUCACAGGAGAGAAUGAGUCAUGCAGCACCAGGAUCUGAAUGGGCCAUCACAUUCCUGCAGGAAAUUCUAGCACUUGAAUCUGAAUGACUUUUCCUGUGGAGGAGGAAAACUUUCUGUGACAAAAGGAUGUGUGUAGGGCAGCAGUCAGUGGUUCCAAUGGUGAGAGGUGCGGCGUGUCUGUCAUGUAAAGGGAUCUGCUCUGGAUUCAUCCCACAUUCCUGGAGGAAAGUGUGCACAGUGUGUGGCUGCAGUGUGGAGGACCACGGCCCCAGCGGUGACAUAGACGAUGACCACAAGAUGGGGCGACUCCUGGCCGACUCCAAAUAUGCCCACCUGACCACCAAGGUGAAGGGCGUCCGCGUGUACAAACGUAACCACAUGGUCAUCACCAACACUGUCGUCUCCAGGAAGGACCCCACCUUCAACACCAUCACCUACGACUGGGCCCCGCCAGGACUCACACAGAAACUGGCCAUGCUGUACAUGGCAUUGCUCCCGGAGGAGAAGUGUCCAGUAGCAGGGACUGAGGGAGCGAUGUACCGGCGCAGGCAGCUGAUGAGACAGCUACCUGUCUACGAUCAGGACCCCUCCCAGUGCCACGGGCCUCUGUCAGAGGACCAGCUCCAGGCCAUGUCUGUCUUCAUGAAGACCUACAAGGAAGAGGCUCUUGGGGUGGGAGAGGUGGCGCUGCCUGGGGAGGGAGGAGCUCACCCUCCGCCCACCGUGGUCAAAGGAAAUAAGCAAAAGAACGGGCCUGGGACGGGGCCUGGGAAGGCCACCAUUGUCCAAUCAGACCUUACCGCUACGACCACCAACGGGACGGACGACUGCUGUAAGAAGAGUGAAUAUCAUUGCAGUGGUUGCGGGGAGCUCACCCCCCUAGACAGUCCUGUGGUGUAUGCAGAGGGGGCAGGCUACGACAAGCAGUGGCACCCGACCUGCUUUGUGUGUUCAGAGUGUGGGGAGGCCCUGGUCGAUCUGGUAUACUUCUGGAAGGAAGGAGAGCUGCUGUGUGGAAGACACUACUGCCAGAGGACCAGACCCCGUUGUGCAGGCUGUGACGAGCUGAUCUUCUGUGACGACUACAAGAAGGGGACAGACAGUCGGGCGUGGCACCAGGACCAUUACUGCUGCUGGCGGUGUGGCCAGAGUCUGGACAGUCCCUGUUCCUGCCCCCAAACACCCUGGCCCAGCCCUGUUUAGUUCCCCUGGCCCCACUCCUGCUCCCCAGCCCUGUUUAGGUCCCCUGGCCCCAGUCCUGGAGUGGGUAGAGUCUUGAAAGCUCCUGUUCCUGUCCUCAUACACCCAGGAAGGCGUAGCCCCCCAGUCCCAGUGUAGCCCCCCCCUGGUCUAAAGUAGUGCACUAUAUAGGGAAUAGGGUGCAAUAGACAGCUCUCAGCCAGCCAAGAGAGAAGAUCUGGUCAGGAAGGGAGAAGCAGGAGAGAGAAAACCCUUAGAGUUAGUGUUACUUAACUGGAUGGAAGGAAUGGAGAGCAUUCCACCCUACUCUCUGUCUCAUUUUAGUCAUUUAGCAGACGCUCUUAUCCAGAGCGACUUAAAGUUAGUGAGUGCAUACAUUCUUUUUUUU